UCUCACUCUCUCUCUCUCACUCGUCGUAGGUUUGGUUUUUUCUUUCCUCUCUCUUUCUCACACACACAGUUCUGAACAUUUCUCAGCAACUAGCUUCUCUUUUUCCUUAUCUCCAUUAUUUUAUUCUCAGGCAGAGAACCCAAGACAAAGAGUGUUGGCAUACACAGUAGGGAGCAACAACACAACAACAGAGUUCAAUUGUUUCUUCUUCCUCCCUUUUUUCUUGGUUUGAGAGAUGUGAAGAAUCAGAAAUCUGGAUGAUUGAUUGAUUCAUUGAGCUGAAAAUUCUGAGUGAUUUGUUUGUUGUUGAUAUCAGAGAAGUGAAGAAGAAUAAGAAGAAGAAGAAUGUGGGAUCUGAAUGGCUCCCCUGUUAAGAGAAAAGAUUCAGAAUCAGAGGAGUGUUCGAAUUCGUUUAAGAGGCUUGGAUCUCUUUCCAAUUCAAGCUCCUCUGCGGUGGUCGUUGAAGACGGAUCGGAAGUUGAAGAAGACGGUGGCGCCGGAGCUGAACUGGUCGGCAGAAGAAACAAGAUAUUCGGAUUCUCUGUCACCCAUGAUGAUGAUAACGAGCCCAUGGAUACUGACAACCCGCCGGUGACCCGCCAGUUUUUUCCGGUGGAGGGGGCGGACACGGCGACGGCGACACCCUCCGGUGGUGGUGGUGGAAGCUCUUCUUCCUUCCCUCGUGCUCACUGGGUAGGAGUUAAAUUCUGUCAAUCGGAAGCUCCCGGUGCCGGAAACGGAAAAUCAGUUGAAGUGUCGCAGCCGUUGAAGAAGAGUCGCCGAGGACCAAGGUCGCGUAGCUCACAGUAUAGAGGAGUUACUUUUUACAGAAGAACUGGUCGAUGGGAGUCUCACAUAUGGGAUUGUGGAAAACAAGUGUAUCUGGGUGGAUUUGACACUGCACAUGCUGCUGCUCGAGCAUAUGAUAGAGCUGCCAUUAAGUUCCGGGGAGUAGAGGCUGACAUAAACUUCAACAUUGAAGACUAUGAAGAUGACUUGAAGCAGAUGAGUAAUCUAACUAAGGAAGAGUUUGUGCACGUACUUCGCCGGCAAAGCACGGGAUGUCCGAGAGGAAGCUCCAAGUAUAGAGGUGUAACUUUGCAUAAGUGUGGAAGAUGGGAGGCUAGAAUGGGCCAAUUUUUAGGCAAAAAGUAUGUUUAUCUGGGUCUGUUUGACACUGAGGUUGAAGCUGCAAGGGCAUAUGACAAGGCAGCAAUAAAAUCUAAUGGCAAAGAGGCCGUCACCAAUUUCGACCCAAGCAUCUAUGAUAAUGAGCUCAAUUCUGAAUCCUCGGGCAAACCUGCUGAUCAUAAUCUGGAUUUGAGUUUGGGUAAUUCAGGCUCUAAUAAGCAUAGCAAUGGUCAAGCAUUGGGGAAUCACGCCCCAAAUACUGCGAAUGAUCAGCAUCUGCCACCACCAGAAUCUCAGUGGCGAAAUGGGGGAAACAAGGCUAAGCUGGUGAAUAUACUACCAAAACCAUGUAGUAUAAGCAACAUGGAAGGCUAUGUAAAUGGACACGGAGAGAGUGAAGCCUCAUGGCUUCUAAGCCAAACUCACCUCCAAUCUCCACCCACCAAUGCAAUUCACAGAUAUGGUCCAUAUAGAUCACCAGGAGAGCCUCAAUUUCUUCACAAUUUUGCACACCUUCACCCCCAAAAUUUUCAUGUUCCGAGCAGCAGCAGCAAUGGAGGCCGAAUUGGAAGUGAUCUUUCACUAUCAAUGUCCGAUCAGCAACAGCAACAGCAACAGUGGCAAAUGGGACCUCCACAUUUGUUAGCAACUGCUGCAGCAUCAUCAGGAUUCCCACCACAGAUAAGACCAUCCCAAGUUUGGCUGCACAAAAAUGGAUUCCACCCUCUCAUGAGACCCUCUUAAGAAAAUCACUCAAUUUGUUCCCAUUGAAAUAAUCUUCUUUUUGUGAGCAUGUACAAAUGGAAGCACAACAUAGAGAAAGUCAAAAACCAUAACUUUACUAUUGAGGUGAAAGAGUGAAAAGGGGAAAAGCUAUGGGAACUCUCAUUUGUCUUGAUCUGGGUCAGUCAAACUAACAAACCGACGAAAUCUUUUAACCAGAGAUACUAGAUAUUCAUCAGGGCUAGCUAGCUCUGACUAAAUUUUUCUGAUCUUUUAUAUAUAAACUAUGAUUUAUUUGUUGCAUUUUUCUGUGUUAUGGUAUUUAUGACACCACCUAUACGUUUCUUGA